CCAUUUGCGUUAAGUUCCUACUCCAUCAAUAGGGAUACUGCGUUCCUUGUUGGUCUGUGACGCUCUCGAGCCUGGAUUACUCUCUCUCUCUCUCUUUGUGCCAGAGAUAAAGUAGUCGGUGUUCUCUCCUUCUCUCAUCUUUAUCAUCCUUUAUUCUCUUUACUCUUCUUCUAUUCUUCCCCUUUCCUCUUUUUUAAUUUUUGGCAAUUAUCUCUCUCUCCGACAUAAAAUUCCUCCGAAUAUUUGUUUUAAAAAAGUAGUUUUUUAUUUGCUCAAAACGGCUGCUUCGGAAUGCUGAUGCCUGUAUCGGAGCAAAUUCUAAACUUCCAUGUGUUUGAGUUGCCAUGGUUGUAGCAGGAGCCAACCCAUUUGAGCUCUGCAGCUAAUUGGAUCUGAUAGCUAAAGCUGAAGUUACCACUUGGGUACCCUGACUUUCCUAAAUGCGGUCAGUUUUGGGUUUCUUUGAAGCUGUAAUGACCACAUCUGAACUCAACAAUUCGCAAAACCUCGUGGGAUGAAAAGCUAGCGAAAACUUUUCCUAUCCAUGUCUUCAGGAAAUUAUCAAGGUCUGCAGAAGCUGCAUUUUUGUUUUUACCAUCACUGUCAGAAGUCCUGUACCAAACAAUUGCCCAUGAGGCUCUACGGAACUUUUGCACUUACUUUCCUUUUCAUCAUAAUCGCUCUCCCACCCAUGGCGGUUGCUGACCUGAACUCAGAUAAACAAGCACUUCUUGACUUUGCUGUUACUAUUCCCCAUCGACGCAACCUCAGUUGGAACCCUACUACCCCUGUCUGCACAUCUUGGCUAGGCGUCAAUUGCACGCCAGAUGGCACCCGUGUACAUGCCCUCCGGCUCCCUGGGAUUGGGCUUGUGGGCCGCAUCCCUCCAAACACCCUUGGUAAGCUUGAUGCUCUCAGGAUUCUCAGCCUUCGAUCGAACCUUCUCAGUGGUAAUCUUUCUUCUGAGAUUACCUCCCUCCCUUCACUUCAAUACCUCUACCUCCAACACAAUAAUUUAUCUGGCGAGAUUCCUACCUCAUUUUCCCCUCAACUUAAUGUAUUGGAUCUUUCAUUCAAUUCCUUUUCUGGAAACAUCCCACAAACAGUACAAAACUUAUCGCAACUUACUGGUUUGAACCUCCAAAACAAUAACCUUUCUGGAACCAUACCAAAAAUUGAUCUCCCCAAGCUCAAGCGUUUGAACUUAAGCUACAACAAUCUUAAUGGCUCUGUUCCAUCAUCCCUUCAAAAGUUUUCUAAUUCAUCUUUCUUGGGAAAUUCUCACUUAUGUGGACCACCUCUAAAAGCUUGCUUCCCGGCACCUCCUCCUCCUAAUUUGUCUCCACCCCCACCCUUAGUUCCUUCAAAUAAAAGCUCCAAAAAGAAAUUGUCUAUGGGAGCUAUAAUUGCCAUUGCAGUUGGAGGGUUUGCGCUGCUGUUUCUGUUUGCUCUAAUUAUUGUUCUCUGCUGUCUAAAGAAAAAAGAUCGUGAAGGCACUGGUGCAUCAAAAGGAAAGGCUUUAAGUGGUGGAAGGAGUGAGAAGCCAAAAGAAGAGUUUGGUAGUGGAGUGCAGGAACCUGAGAAAAACAAACUUGUUUUCUUUGAAGGUUGUUCUUAUAAUUUUGAUCUAGAAGAUCUACUGAGGGCUUCGGCUGAAGUGUUGGGAAAGGGUAGUUAUGGCACAGCAUAUAAGGCAGUUUUGGAGGAGGCAACAACAGUGGUGGUGAAAAGGUUGAAGGAAGUUGUGGUAGGGAAGAGGGACUUUGAACAGCAGAUGGAAAUCGUGGGUAUGGUUGGGCAGCACCCAAAUGUUCUGCCACUCCGAGCUUAUUAUUACUCAAAAGAUGAGAAGCUCCUGGUCAAUGACUAUGUCUCUGGUGGCAGCUUAUCUACACUAUUGCAUGGAAACAGGGGAGCUGGACGAACUCCAUUGGACUGGGACGCCAGAUUGAAAAUUUCCCUUGGAAUUGCAAGGGGAGUCGCCCAUGUCCAUUCUGUAGGUGGUCCAAAAUUCAUUCAUGGAAAUAUCAAGUCCUCAAAUGUCCUCCUCAACCAAGACCUUGAAGCAUGCAUUUCUGAUUUUGGUCUAACACCUCUUAUGAAUGUCCCUGCCACUCCUUCUCGGGGUGCAGGCUAUCGUGCUCCAGAGGUAAUUGAAACCCGUAAGCAUACCCAUAAAUCAGACGUGUACAGCUUUGGUGUCCUUCUCCUUGAGAUGUUGACUGGAAAAGCUCCACUCCAAUCACCAGGGCGUGAUGACUUGGUUGAUCUUCCUAGAUGGGUCCAGUCUGUUGUUAGGGAGGAAUGGACGGCGGAGGUUUUUGACGUUGAGUUGAUGAGGUACCAAAACAUAGAAGAAGAAAUGGUGCAGAUGUUGCAAAUUGCCAUGUCUUGUGUGGCAAAGGUGCCAGACUUACGACCUAACAUGGAUGAAGUUGUUAGAAUGAUAGAAGAAAUCCGACAAUCCGACUCAGAGAACCGGCCAUCUUCUGAAGAGAACAAAUCCAAAGACUCUAAUGUGCAGACUCCGUGAUUUUCAUAACUUUGUACCUGUUUGCUCUUAGGAAGCAACAUUGAACAUUUUAUUUGGACACAUGCCUAUUGAGGUUUUCCCAAGUGUAGGAAAAAAAAAAAAAACCCCUUAGGUUGCACGUAUAACGUGGUAGAGUGUGAAUGUUUCCAGUUGUGGGAUUCUUUUUUUAGGGAUGUUAUUUUUCCUCAUGAGGUGGGGUUUUUCUCAUUCAUGAUUUGUUGUAAUCUGUUUCUCGACGUUGUGAAUGAAUUAAUUAAUGAUCUUCUUAGUCAA